GACUCAUAGCGAUCACAGGCUGCGCGUGCGUGUCAGUGCAGUCGACUUACAGCGGGCUGUGAGGAGAACUGGCGCGACCCUUUGUCCUCAAAUACAACUCUUUUCACACGCUAAAACUUCUUAAAGUUUCUUUAAACUCGCGUUAGAGUGCUUCUGCUCGUUAGGUACUCAAGCAGGUCGGGUUAAACUAGUUAUUUUCGCUCUGUUUGAAGUUAAAGGCUGGGCCUUUACACGCGCUCCUGACGAGAGGAAAAGAAGCUGCUUUUCUGCGACUAAAAAGUCCAUAAAUGCUUUUUACCAAAAUGGACCUGUUGAACUACCAGUACUUGGACAAAAUGAACAACAACAUUGGCAUCCUGUGCUACGAAGGCGAAGCUGCUCUGAGAGGAGAGUCCAGAAUGCAGUCCCUGUCCCUGUCCUCUGCAGUCAGCAAUCACAGGACGGGCCCUCCUCCCAUCAGCCCCAGCAAGAGGAAACACAGCGGGGACCAAGCAGACGACGACAUCGACUGUAACAGCGAGCAUGUGGCCAAGAUGAGCCGGCUGUUUGUCGGACAGUUAGGCAAGCCUGCCAAUGGGGACUACCGCAAGGACCCCCGGGAUCGCAGCCGCAGUCCCAUAGAGCGCCUCGGCGCCCCCGCCAUGAGUCUCGUUGGUGGUCACCUCUACGCCCACAUGCCCAGCCUGGCCAUGGACCAGCCUCUCGCACUGACCAAAAACAUGGACGCCAGCCGCACUGUUGCCAUCUCGCCUACUGUCAGCCCUGUUGAGCGCCAGCAGAAUCGGCCCUCUGUGAUCACAUGUGCCCCAGCGAACAACCGUAACUGUAACCUCACCCACUGCACCGUGUCUCACAACGGCUGCUCACCCAGCUUGACUUCAAACUAUCGGAGACCCUCCAACUCGAACACCGCCUGUGACCCCGUCAUCGAGGAGCAUUUCCGUCGCAGCCUGGGCAAGAACUACAAGGAGCCCGAGCCCGUAACAAACUCGGUGUCCAUCACCGGCUCGGUGGACGACCACUUCGCCAAGGCGCUGGGCGAGACGUGGCUGCAGAUCAAGGCCAAGGGCGGCUCUUCCGGAAGCCCAGACUCCUCUCCGAACGGCCACAUGGUCAACCACAAUCACUCCCCUUCCCUCGUGUCUUGAAAAGAGGACCAGCGAACCCCAGUCCCGCCUCUUCCAGCCCGCUUCACUCUCAAAGCAGCCAUGCAUGUUUUAGCAGAGCUGAUGUAUAGCUAUGUACAUAAGAACGCACGACAAGGAGGUGCUCUUCGUGCAUUUUUUUCCUUUCGAUUCUUUUUGUUUGUAAGUUUGCUAGUAUACUUUUAGCUUGGCUGUUGCGUUAUGGGAUGCCCGUACCUUUAUAAACAGCAUCGUCGAGCAGGAAGCCUUUCGGUUUUUGAGAUCAAAAUCAGCCAGGCGCUUAUCUAACCAUCUGCCUCAGAUACCAAAGAAACCGCUGAUGCAAACCUUUUACCCAGAAGCCAUUCUUCCAUCGCACCCAAUCUGUCUUUCUCACGCUCUCUCCCGGUCGUACCCUGAAUCUGCAUGUGUAUACUUGAAACGGAAGGCCUGGACUGCUUUUGCACUAUGGAUGGAUCGAGGUGGUGUCAGUUUAGCGUCGGAUGUUCGGAAGACGUAUAGGAGGGUGACACAGUUGGGAAGCGGUUCACAUCGCUUCAGCAGGAAACGCUCGUAAGGGGGAGGGAACCUGUUUUCGGUCGCUUCGGCUCUCGCUUCAGACAUUUCUCUCUACGGUGCUGACAACUGGACUGCGGCAGACGUGGGCAUUCUUGUCGUUUUGGAUUCGUUGUUUUUUUUUUUUUUCCCCAGGCACUGUGGUUUUAGUAGAGUAGAUGGUUUAAGGGUAAACUAGUGCUUAUAAGUGCAUGUUUUUAAAAUAGCUGGUAUCUAUUAUUGUGUAGACAUUUCAAUCGUAAUACUUUUUAGCCUUUUCUUCAGAUUUGAUUUUAUUUUUGUCAGUAACAGUCCUAGAUAAACUUACUGCUGGUACAGUUGUACUCCAUAUUAUUAUUUUCUAUUCAAUAUUCAUUGUGGUAGCUGCCAGAUACAAAAGAGAAAAACAGCCUCCGGAAAGGCCAUCUAUAUAUAUUAACGGUUGGUUUUGUAUGUUAUUAAUCCGUGGUACAGGAUGCUGUCGCUUUGCAUGACUGAAAAAGCAGCGUUAGCAGCUAUGGACAGGUCAACUGUAGCGUUGACAAUCUGCCGGAAACGUCAAGCUAAUUUUGUGUGUGUUCGUUGUUCUUCAUCUCUUAAUUCUGCUUUCAGCUGUGGAAACGGACCUGGAUUUCCAGCGGUCCGCCUGUACCGAAACAAAACACAUUCCUCCGACAGGGAACGUCGUGCAGGUCUUGUACUUUCUCCCGUGUUCAGUAUAGCUACUAACUCGAGACAAGAGGUUGCAGAUGCAGGAGACGCUUGCGCUCGUCCUUACAUUCCAUCGGCCCAGUCGAACCAUUGGAUACGGCUAAAUUCUCGCGUGAAGAAGAGCUCAUCGUCGGCGACGUGCGCGCGCUCGUUUCUGAAGUACUUCUUCAUGGCUCCUUUUGCAUGUGUUUGCCACAACGUUGUCGAAUCCUACGCGAGACCUUCGGGGUUUACGGAGGUCCGUCACACACAUUUCACUACCAGUUUACUGGGUAGGACACUUUCUCACUCUCCGCUUGUGACACACGUUACCCUACACGCUGUAGGUAAAUCACUUAAUGAAAAACAAAAAAAAGUUUUUAUAUAGGAAACUAUAAGACCAUCAUUACGCUGUGCGUAACGAAUGUACAGAGAAAAAAAAUCGUAGGUAUUUUUUGAGGAACAAUUAAUUUGUUAAUGAUAUGUAGCUAUUUAAUUUUUCCCUUGUCCUUUAUUGUAAUCAUGCUUUUUUUUUUUUUUUUUUUUCGAGGAAAAAAGUUGAUCUUUUUUGUUUGUAGGUUUUGUCUGUUUAAGGUUAAAGUGCAGGAACACAGUUAUUCUAUGAAAACACUGCGUUAGUGUAAUAGCCACUUGUGUAUUAUUUCCGAAGGCUACUGAGCAGAGUCUCGACACACUUCUGAACGGAGGCUUUCAACUGUCUCUGGAGACAAUUGAACAAACCGACUCCGUCUCACCGACCGCGAGUCAAUCCACUCCAAUAUGAUCAGUUGGGAUAUGAGCAACAAUAUUUUCUAUUUGAUGUGCGCUUCCAGGAGAACGACGACAAGAAACCAACGUUUAAAACACUUCACUGCACCUCGAGUGUACUACUUAAUGAUUUGUAAAUCUGUAUUAUACCCUCAUUUCAUGGCCUUGUUUCUCCUUGGAAUAAAACAAACUUUUGGCAGGCCAUUGUUUUGUACUUUUAAGUAGCCUCAAUGAACAAUAAAGUGCUCUUAAACCACA